AUGUCAAAAGAUCCUUUAUCAACUCUCGGUUCAGAUAUAUUCCAAAGUAUAAUCCUUCAAUUACCUUACGUCGAUUUAUUGAUAGGAGAACAAGUAUCAAAAUCAUGGAAUAACAUCAUCAAUGAAAAUCCUUUUUUAUGGAGGAUUAAAUGUCAUGAAGUUGGUGUAGACCCAUUGAUCAUAAGUCGUUUACAUGAAUUGGAAUUAAGAUCUGCUGGAACUUUUUCAACCUCCACCUCAAACUCAACCCCUAAUACCUUGAACAAUCCUCUUUCAUCUAAUCUCGUUUCCACUUCCAACCCCUCCAAUUCUCCCAGCUCUUCUCUUCCUUCCAACCCACUUACUUUUCCCUCUGAGAUUGAUCGAUUGACAACAUUCAAUCCUCUCGAUGAUCAAGAUGGAUCAUCUUCCCAAACCGAUAAACCUUCUCCACCUGUUAAUUGGAAGAAAAUUUGUCAAAAACAUAUCUUAAUCGGAUCUAAUUGGAUACACGCACGUUCUAAAGAUAUAAGAAUAAACACUCAAGAUUCGAUACAUAGAUUUAAAAUGAUGGAUUUUCAAUUAGGUCAAAAUCAAUAUAUGGUUUAUACUUCUUGGGGAGAUGAAGGUGGUUUAUACGUUAUGGAAGUAUCUAAUGGAAGGAAAGUUUUUGAAAUUGAAGGAGUUAGAUCUUAUGCACAUUUAGAACAUGUUGAUGGUCAUUUUAUUUUUGAUAGUCAAGAUGGUCGAUCUCUUGAAGUUUGGCGUACUCAAGAAUGUAUCGACAGAAAUAAUUCACAACCUAACCCAGGAAGAAUUUCUUCUUACUCCAGAGUGAGAUCUUUCACUCAUCCGGAAUUCAACACCAGAACCACACCACUUCCUCCUGGACAUUUAUCGUAUUUUCGUACCAUCACACCGAAUGGUCCAAUUCCAUUCAACGCUUUCAGAGCUCGAAAAAGUAUUAGAAUGUAUCAAUCUACCAAUUUAAAUUCAUCUACCACCAUCACCACCACCACCACUACCGCCGCUCGGAAUAACAUAGAGGACCAAUUUCGAACCCAAGAAAAUAAUCAAGAAACGACACAAACAGAAGAAACAUUUCAUCCAAUGUUAUUAGUAGCAAGUACAUCAAGUCAUCAUAUAUACGAUUUAUCAGAUUUUGAUUACGUAGAAAAUGUCAUACUUGACGUACCUGUCGAUAUCCCAAUACAAUCACAAUUAUCUUAUGUUGAAUUUGAUCAAGAAUUCGUCAUAAGAUGUCAAGGUGAUUCCAUAAAAAUAUUUUCACGUCAAAAUGGUAACCAAUUGAUUUCUUUCCCUAAAGUGGAUGAUAUGCAAUACCAACCUGCAGGGAUCGUGUUUGAUAUGAAAAGAACUUCUGGAAGGAGGGAUUUGAAAAGGGUAGAACCGUUUGGUGAGGUUGAAUUUACUGCUGAAAGAUGGAAAUGGGAUUUUGAAAGAUCAAAUGUUUUGUCAAGUCGGAAUCGUGUAACCAAAUUUUACGCUGCACAUUGUACCACUCAACAUUUGGUUUGUUUAGCCAAUUGGUGUACACUGAUCGUACUCAAUUAUCGCGAGGUAUUCCGACAUGUUGAAAGAGAACAAUUAAAUCUUCCGCUUUCACUGGAUUAUAUCAAGGAGAAUAGUGUCAUGUUAGCUUUAUAUGGUGGACAUUUAGAAAUUGUUGGAGAUCGUGUAGCUAUUAGCGAAUACAAUGGCGGUAUAACAUUAUUAGAUCUUUUCCCUUUAACCACAUCACUCCAUAACAGUCGAAAUAACCAUAUGAUCAAUUCGACUAUAAUCACUGAUUUACCAAAUCAUCAAAACUCAAAUACGAACAUAUCUGACGAUCAUGAUUUCACAACGGACUUGGAUCCAUCCGACAGAAGUCGAUUGGAUCAUAUGAUAGAUGAAGAAAUCGUACCUCCUAGAGCUAUACAUUUACCGAUUGAAGAAAGAGAAAAUCAAGAAAUCACUUGCGUUCAAAUUGUCGGAAAUACAUUAUGGAGUUGUUGGUCUUAUACUACUGAAGAUGAAGAAGGGGUGGAUCUUGAUGUUGAUGAUGUACCUCCUUUACCUAGGUUUGGGGUGGUUCACGGAUGGGAUUUUGGGGCUGUUUGA